CAUUUGAUAGGCGCUUAACAGAAGCCUUAUUGAACGUCUGAGGACAUGCUCUACGUUGUUAUAGGAAUAAGCCUUCUUGUGCGCGCUUCUGAGGGUUUGUUGUGUUUAAAAUGCAACGAUGUUGCCCAGCCGAGACAUUGUACGACUGUCGUUGAAUGUCCGCACUCGGAUGUAUGUUACGUUGACCGAUCUGUAAAUGACAUUGGAGAAACUAGUUACAUUUUAGGAUGUUCACCUGCAAAUAUUUGCACCAACAUUACCUCAACGUCCCAGUCCAGCAGAGGUACAAACUGUUGUGGAUCCAAUUUAUGUAAUCAUCAGGCGUGUGGAGAACCGGACUACCCUUCCGACAGGGGCCUUAUUUGCUACAGCUGCCAUGAUCCAGUACCAGCCGGCAGAUGUCACAAUAUUGAAUUUUGUAGGAGUGGAGAAGAAUGUAGCGUCACUGGGAAUCAAUUAUUUGGAACCAUGGUUUUCACGUCCAAGUGCCAAAAGGCCUUUGCUUGUGUGACUCACCAUUCCGGUGGUGUACUGGUCGGAAAGCGAGACAAACUUAAUGAACGAUCCUACGAUGACCAAGGCUGCGACUCGUGCUGUAACGCCGACCUUUGCAAUCAGCAAUGCUUAACACAGGUCCAGGCGUAUGCCGAUUGCUCUGAGAUACACAGAGCUCACCCAGAUCUACCUUCUUCAAUCUAUGUCAUCACAACCUGGAACACAAGUAGUCAAGCAAAGGUGGUCUGUGAUAUGGAUACGGACGGAGGGGGGUGGACGGUGUUUCAGCAUCGCGUCAACGGAAGUGUCGAUUUCUACCGGAACUUCUUUUCCUAUGAGGCCGGGUUUGGUUCACUAAGUGGGGAGUUUUGGCUUGGAUUGUCCCUGGUGCAUGAGAUGACGUCAAGAACAACCAACGAAUUACGAAUCGAUAUACAAAGAGCUAAUGGAAACCUCGGAUAUGUAGUUUAUCCUAGGUUCCGAAUAGAGGCCCCUCCAACAUACAUAUUGCGCAUUGGAAACAAAACAGACUACAGCGGAAUUUCAUCUGCAAUGGCUGAUGAUCUCACGAGCACACACGGGGCAAUUAAUAUGGCGUUCACGACCUUUGAUAGGGACAAUGACCUAUAUGGCGGUAACUGUGCUUCAGUAUAUCAUGGGGCGUGGUGGUACAAUGUUUGCUUUCGCGUAAACUUAAACGGAGAUUAUCUGACACCUGGAACGUAUUCACACUCUUCAAUGUCGUUCAUAGAUGAAUAUUUAUCUUUAAAAACCAGCCGAAUGAUGUUCAGAACCACGUGACGUUGUCUGAAAACUUAGCACAAAAAUUUAUUGAAAAUCUGCAUUCUCACAUAUUGAACGUUUUGACAACUUUUUAAUUUCUUGUCUUUGAACGAGCCAAUUUUUGCAAAAAUCCAGUUAUAUAAGACUGCUGACAAAAAAUAGAUCGAAGAUUUUUAUAUUUAAGUUCAAAAAUUGAUGUUAAAUGCAUUUCUAUUAAACCGUUAGUAACGGAUUAAGCCAUAAAAUAUUAUUUUUCGAACGGAAAUAUGAAAAUCUGAUCUUUUGUCAGCAACCUUUUAUCAUUGGUCUGCAGAUAUUUACGCAAAAAAUUGCUCUUAUCGAGACAGAAUAUACAAAUGUUGUAAAAAUGGUACAUCUGUGAGAGUGCAGCUUUAAAAGCUUUGGUCCAAGUUCAUUCACUCUUACGUCGAGAGUGAAAAACGUGUUAAUAUAUAUUGUUGAAUACUACUUCUACAACAAUAUUGUAGAAGUGUGUUGGAUCUGCUGCAAAUAGCUGAUACUAAAUAUUUAUACAUCGUUUGAACUCUAUGAAUAAAUGGCGGUAAAUUUAAAUUAUACAACACGCAAUGAUAAACUUUAAGUGAUUUGGUCUUGCGCCUUCUGCCUUUAAUAAGACAGAGUCUUUGUUAAUGUUAUUGGAUGCUGGGUUUAUUCAAGUUGUUUCGGCUAUAUUAUCAACAUAACUAAGUCUUUAAAUGUAUGUAUAUACAUGUACAAUAUAUGAAUGACAGCUAUAAAUUAUUCAACACGGUU